UUCUUUUUUCUUUUUUUAUUCUUUAAUUUUUUCAUUUAAAUGUAUUUCGGAUUCUGGGUCUUGUGAAAAAGUAAGCAAAUACAAUAACUAGCUUCUGUGUGUGAGACCGGUCUCACAGUUUGGCUCUUUCUUCUUCAUCAAUGGCUUUCAUGAGCUUCAGUUCUCUCAUCGUUCUCUCAGCAAUCUUCAGGUUCAUUCUGAUUCUAUACGGAGAAUGGCAAGACACUCACAUGGAGGUCAGGUACACAGACAUCGAUUACCUUGUUUUCUCAGACGCUGCUUCUCUAAUGACUUCUGGGAAAUCUCCCUUUCAAAGAUCCACAUAUAGAUACUCGCCUUUGCUUGCAUUUUUGCUCAUACCCAAUUCGAUUUUGCAUCCUACUUGGGGAAAAUUCAUCUUCUCAGCUUCAGAUUUGCUUGUGGGGUUGUUUAUACGUACCAUUUUGAAGCUUCGUGGGGUGCCUGAAAACUUAUGUACUGUUUCUGUGAGUGUUUGGCUCCUCAAUCCCUUCACUUUUACUAUUGGAACCCGUGGAAACUGUGAGCCAGUUGUUUGUGCCAUGGUUCUUUGGAUCUUUAUAUGUCUUAUGAACGGACGUUUGUUUCAAGCUGCAAUCUGGUAUGGGCUUAUUGUCCACUUCAGAAUCUACCCUAUAAUAUACGCACUUCCCAUCCUUCUGAUUCUUGAUCCUCAUGUCUUCCGAACCCGUCACAGGCCAGUUCUUCAAAACUGGACUCAAAGCAAACGAAACUCACCUUGGAGCUUUUCUGUUACAAGGCUAGCUGAUUUGUUCAGUCCAUGGUUCAUCAUGAAAAGCAUAUUAACUAGAGAAAGAAUACUUUUCGGGCUGGUAUCUGGGUCUGUGUUCUUGUUUUGUACUGCUUUUUUCUAUUAUCUAUAUGGGUGGGAUUUCCUACAUGAGGCGCUGCUAUAUCAUCUUACCCGUACAGACCCAAGGCACAACUUUUCCAUAUAUUUUUAUCAUAUCUACCUCCAAUAUGAGCGUAAACUCAUGGUAGUGGAGAAGCUUAUCUCAUUUCUGCCUCAACUGAUAGUUCAGCUUGUUCUCAUUUUGAAAUUUGCGCAAGACCUUCCAUUCUGUUGCUUUGUGCAGACAGUGGCAUUUGUUGCAUUCAACAAGGUAAUAACAGCACAAUACUUUGUAUGGUUCUUUUGUCUUCUGCCUCUGAUACUAUCUUCAAGCAAUAUGAAACUGAAGUGGAAAGGCCUUUCUUGCGCAAUCUUGUGGGUAGGAGCUCAACUUCAUUGGUUGAUGUGGGGUUAUUUGCUUGAGUUCAAGGGGAAAAAUGUUUUUCUUCAACUGUGGAUGGCCAGCAUCUUAUUCUUAGCUGCAAACACGUAUCUUAUGAUUUCAGUCAUCCAGCAUCACCGAUAUUUUCCAGUUUUCUCUAGGGUAGAAAAUACAUCUGAUCAUGUUAGGAAACUCCAAUGAAUGAAUUUGUUUCAAUUAAUUAAAAGGUUUUAUCUAAUUGUUCACUUUUGAGCUCCUGUUUUUCUCUGUAAUUCGAUGCAAGUUUAGACUUGUGUUAUACAUUCCUUUUAUCUUUCUCAUUUAUGUUUGAUUCUGGUGAUUUGGAAAUUUAUGAAGGUGAACGUAAUUUUCCUUCGAACCAA